UUGAAAAGAAAGAGCUCCGAUGGCCGGCAAGAAACCUCAUGUGUUGGCCGUUCCAUUCCCUGGUCAAGGCCACGUGAAGCCGCUCAUGCGCCUCUGUCGCCAAAUAGCCAAACACGGCAUUAAAGUUACAUUUGUCAAUGCCGAGUCUAUUCAUCACAAAUUACUUUCCGCAUCUCAAAAACAACAAGAUGAAGAUGAUUCCAUAGUCAUGGAAACUGUCCCUGACGGUUUCACUUCUGAAGAUGAUCCAAACAACCCCUUUACGCUGCUCGAAACUCUCCCAAAGACAAUGCCGCAAAACUUAACAGAUUUGAUUCAAAGGAUCAACACCUCCAGUCCUAACGAGAAGGUUACCUGUCUCAUUGCUGACAUCUCAUUUUCAUGGAUUUUCGAAAUUGCAGAUAAGAUGGGAGCCGAGCCAGUCGGCUUCUGGACGCCUUCCAUCGCUAGCUUGGCCUUAACGUUUCACAUUCCCAAACUCUUAGAGCAAGGAAAUCUUAAUAUAAAUGGAUCUCUCGAAAAUGGAGUUAUAAUUAGUCUUUCAAACGAAAUACCUUCUUGGAGGAAAGAUGAGCUUCCAUGGAGUUUCUCCAGCGACCCGGAAAUAGGAAAGGUUUUCUUCGAAACUCCAAAAAGAGGAAUAAAAGAUGCUAGUAAAGCAAAUUGGUGGCUUUGUAACUCUUGUCAUGAGCUCGAACCCGCAGCUACUCAGUUGCUCCCAAACGCCUUGCCAAUCGGGCCCUUAAAUUUACUCGACUCCAACAAUGUCGGAUCCACCAAUUUCUUCUCUGAAGAUUCAUCUUGUUUACGCUGGCUGGAUACCCAACCGGAUGGAUCAGUGGUGUAUGUUUCUUUCGGAAGUACAGGAGUUUUCUCUCAGCAGCAGUUGGAUGAGUUAGCUCUCGGGCUCGAGCUAUCGGGCCGGGCUUUUCUAUGGGUCGUCCGGCCCGACCUCGUCAAUGGGUCGCCGGUCGUGUACCCUCCCGAGUUCGGGACUGGGCUCGGGAAGAUUGUGGAAUGGGCACCUCAAAAUAGAGUCUUGUCGCAUCCGUCCAUUGGUUGUUUCGUGUCUCACUGCGGAUGGAACUCGACUACCGAAGGCGUGGCCAAUGGGGUCCCUUUCCUAUGUUGGCCCUAUUUUGCUGACCAGUUCCAUAAUGAAAGGUAUAUUUGUGAAAGGUGGGAGAUUGGAUUAAAAAUUGAUUUUGAUGAAGAGGGAAUUAGAUCUAGAUAUGAAAUCAAGAACAAAAUUGACAUGAUAUUUUCUGAUAAUAAGUUAAAGGAAAAUGCACUGAAACUUAAGGAAAUGUGUGGCAAGAGUGUUGUCGAUGGUGGAACGUCUUGGAACAAUCUGAAGAAAUUUAUUGAUCAUCUUUAUAGGAGAUGAAGGGUAUGGUUUUUACUUAUUUGAAAAUUUUGUGUGUUCAUUGAUUGCUAUGUACUAAUGGUUUCUGAAAUGUGGUAGUACUACUUUUUAUGAAAUAAAGUACACUACAAAAUUGCUUGCGUA